AUGAAGGGCCAAGCAAUAGCAGAUCAUCUAGCAGAGUUCCCGAUCGAUGAUGACACACCGAUUAACCCUGACCUUCCAGACGAAGGGAUCCUCCAAGCGACAGUCGAACUCAAGGUCAAGGAGCUGGAAGUGUUUGGCGAUUCCAUGCUCACAAUCUUUCAGACGAUUAAGCAGUGGAAGACAAAGGAUUGGAAGCUGGUGCCGUAUCACGAGUAUCUCGAAGAGUUACUAGAGAACUUUGAGAAUAUCCCAUUUAUGUACACACUGCGCAUGAAGAACCAGUUUGCCGAUGCACUCGCAACGCUCGCAUCCAAGAUGAGCAUUAUGAAAGAAAAUCUCAUUGAUUCCCUCGAGUUUGAGAUUGCCGAGGGCCCUGCCCACUGUGAUGUGAUUGAAGCCAUUGAUGGCAAGCCUUGGUAUGCGGAUAUCAAGCAUUUAUUGCAAAUUGGUCAAUUCCCUACAUUCACUGAUCGUCUUGACUGA